AGUGUUUUUUUUUUUGUUUUUUUUUAUGUAAAUCAAUACUCAUGAAGUUCAACAGUUGUAUUGAGUUUUUAUCUAUGCACAUGCUGAGUAGAAGAAACAUAUUUAGUGUUAUCUAAAUGAAGUCCUCUUUGACAGACUGAGCCUCUUAUUUGAUAUUGGCAAAUGAUACGUGGUUGGCAUAAUAGAUCUAUUUCUUUAUGUGAUGUCCAGUCUCCGUGUAUGACAUCAGUCUUGGUCUAAAUCAUGAGUGGCCCCAAGUUGGGUAAAGAAGUACUCAGGGACACGAUUUCUUUGUAAGGUACAGUGUAGGAGUAUUGAAUUCUUACUAAUUUUGAAAAAUGUAAUUUAUGGUUCAUUUGUUUUUGUUUGUUUUUUAAUUUCUCAAAACAAUUUGUACUGUCCUUGUUUCAUAACUAAUGAUUUUUUUAAAAUAUUGAGUCGUGUAUUAAAGUGAAUUUAGUUCUUAUCCUCAUAUUGAACAGUAUUUACUUUGGUUAACUUGGUUUUGUGAAAAUUAAUUAUGUAAAUUACAAAGUUCCCUUAUUUCCUAAAUUUAGUAUUUUUUUACCUUUCUCUAAUAAUUUAAUCCAAGGAAGUGUGUGCAGAAUUCCCUUUUAUUGUGCCUAGAUAUGUGCAAUUGGAGUUCUUGUGCAGUUUGCAAGUUCUGUAAAUAGUUUAACUGGCACUUAUGUUUUAGAUUGUAUGUUUGUAUGUUGUAUUCAUAGUAUGCUGCAGUUUGAAUACAUAGCUGAAUGUAAAUGAGAGUUGAAGAAAAUGUUUUGGAAAUUAUACUUGGAAAGUUCCACAUUGUCAAGCACGCCAUCUUCUGUGUAAGCUUCUGAUGAAAAGUGUGUCAUUUAACUUUCUCAAGACCCAAAGGUUUAUUAGAAGGAAAUUUAAUCACAAAUUCAUUUAACAUGACAGUGAGUCGAGUUUUUUGUUUUAUGUAAAUGAAGAUGAGAUAAAACUAUUCAAUUCUGGCUACUUAUAAUAAUGACAACAAUAGAAAUUUAAUCUUGUGGGGUAAUUGAAGAAAUUAUCUUAAUUGCCUUUACAAACAACUCAUUAUGUAAUUGGAAGAUAUUUCAAGAAUGUUUGAGAGUGAUUCAUAAGUGCAAAUUAGGUUUGAUUUAUUACGAAAAUGGUUUGUCUUAAGCGUUCACUGAGGACUUUCAGGACAUCCACCUAUUAGGGGGAAAAAACAAAAACAGGUUAGUUACUGGUUUUCAGUAAAUCAAUAUUGUCCAUUAGCAGGCUGAGUCAGUUUUAUUUUAAUUGCAUCAGUACGUCAGCUGCUAAUGAUCUGGAGAUGGUGGUGCGUUUUAAAUGAAAUUUUUCCUGCUCCCUGAUAAUCUCCAAUAGAGAAAAUGAAUUUAUCAAAUAAUUUGUAUGUUUAAUCAUCCUUUUCCUAACUGUAUCUGCCACAUAAAAAGCUAGAAACCUGUUAAAAUGAUGGGAUAUUUUCUUAUUGAAUUAGCUUAUGAAGAGUAUUCCUUUAUGUAUUAUGAACACCAUUGUGAAGUUGGUUUAAUGGUUAGCUCAUUGUGCAGCAUGUCACUAAUACCAAAAUUUGUUUCUUGAAUACACAUUGAUACGUUAAAGUUAAUCAUAAGGUAGGGGGCAAUCCACAGUAAUUUCAAUGAGUGUAACUUCAUGAAAUUAUUUAACUGAAUUUUUGAUAUAUUUCACAUUUUGUUUUCCUUUAUACAUGCUAGUCAUAAUUCUGAGAUUUAAUUUUAUUGUAUUUUCCUAAAGUAUUGUAAGUUCAAGGAUUUUUUGCCUUGCAGCUAGUUCAAAGCUAAUUAGAUUCCAUUCUUUUUUCUAUUUAGGAGAAAGUGAUAGAUUGAAGGGAAGUAAGAAAGUGGAAAAUGCAGAAAUUAGUGCUUCUUUAGGAGAUUGGGGGUGCAUUUUUAACAAUAAUAAAGCAUUUUAAAUGUUUGUUAAAGUAAAAAGGGGAUUAACGCAUGGAAAUGUAGGGAGGAAAGGAAGUAAAAUUUGGCAUGUUUUUUUCACCUGAUUAUGUAAUUCGUUUUGACGCAUUGAAAUUUGUCAAAUAAAAUCAAAGUUGUCAUUCAAGAAGAGUUCUUAACAAGUUCGCCAUGCACGAGCAUACACCAAUGUAUAAAAUCUAUAUAUCGCAGGGAAACCACUUACCACUCACAAUGUUGACAGCCACUAGCAAUCUGUAUUCCCGCCGUACAGAUGCGCCUUCCGUGCUUUCAUUUGUUAACGUGAAAAUAUGCGAAACGUGGUCACGCAUCAUCCAACUAAUAAUGUCCUUCUUAACCAAAAAUUCCUGCCAUGUGAAUAGAGAGGUUGGAGGGAAAUGUUGACGAGUUUGGUAUAAUUGCAUAGUAACUACCAUACUUAAUGGACAUAGGCUUUUAUUAUUAUAUUAAUUCACUUUGCGAAAAAUAUUGGUUGCUCCUUAGUGUUCUAUAAUUAUAAUGCAGCGGAUAAAUGUUUCAUGUUGCGUACAUUCGUUUUAUUUGACAAAACUAUUUGUAUUAAAGAGCAGAAAGCAGUCGUGAAGAAAGAUUCUGUAUCGUAUACAGUGUAAUGUUUUGAAGCAGAGGUUAUUGACGUACUUGUAAGUCGGUUGUGUUUUUGACACAUGCCUGUAUGUGAUCCCAUGCACUUUUAGAAUAAGUUAAUUGAGGUGAGCAUGGCAAAUCGUAUGGUGUUUAUCUUACAUUGAGCAAGUCCGUAUUUUUGUCCCCACAUAUUGCAUCAGUACAUACACGUAUACGGGCUUGAUUAUAAACAACUACGAAGUGGUAACUAUAUAAAGUGAAGUAGAUUAAUUUGGAGUGCACUAUACAUAUUAUUAACCCGUACAGUAAAAUUAAAUGUCUUCAAUGAAACUGAUUCAGUUUCCCAGUAUUUCAAUGUUGAGAUUUGUGAGAUCAAGUGGCCAUGUAUGCUACAGCACCUCUGCUAAUUCUUCUCCAGCAGAAUACUGCAUCGAUUUGGUCAGAAAGUAUGACUAUGAAAAUUUCUUAAGCACAUUACUUCUUCCCAAACAAAUUCGGACUUGUGCUUUUGCAGUUAGAGCAUUUAAUAUAGAAGUAGCAAGAGUGCAAGACAGUGUGAGUGAGACACAUAUUGGCCAGAUGAGAAUUAAAUUUUGGGAAGAAACCAUAGAGAAAUUGUAUAGAGACGAAGUACCAAAACAUCCUGUUGCUGUGCAACUACAUCGUGCAGUUAAAAACCAUAAAUUGUCCAAGAGGUACUUGAAACGUUUAAUAACCAUUCGAGAGAACUACCUUGUAUCAAGAACAUUUCUAAACUUUGCUGCAAUGGAACACUAUGCAGAACAUUCUGUUUCAUCAAUUUUCUAUCUCCUUUUAGAAUCAGCAGGAAUAGAAAAUCUUCAUGCAGAUCAUGUUGCUAGUCAUUUAGGGAAAGCUCAAGGCAUCACAAAUUUGAUUCGUGGGACAGUUCACAAUGCACAACACAAGAUACUUACGCUUCCACAAGAUAUUCUUCUACAGAAUGAUGUCUCCCAUGAACAGAUCUUCCGUGGACAAAGUAGUGAUGGUUUAAAUGAAACAGUUUUUUAUGUUGCAAAGGCUGCCAUUCAUCAUCUUAGGAAGGCAAAAUCUAUGAAUAAACAAAUUCCCAAAAAUGCAGCAGUAGUGUUUCUGCCUGCUGUGACUGUGGAAUCUUAUCUCAGUAGACUACAAAGUUCAUGUUUCAAUGUAUUUGAUGGACCUCUACAACGACGAAACCCCUUUUUACCAUUAGCUCUUUAUUGGAAUAAAAUAUUUGCCAAGUAUUGAUCUGAUAGUGGUGCUCAUAUAUCAUGCUGUAUAUCAUGCUUUUAUGAAGAGUGUGAAUAAAAGUGAGAGGUAUCCUUUGUCGUGUUUAUGCCCCCAUUGGGUAUUUGUAUGGUAGAAAUAUACUGCUCAUAAAAUAUGUUGCUAUAUGUGGCUCGUGCUUCUCUUGCAAGAUGUUUUGCCGUUGGUGGUAUCAAAAAAUAUUAGAGGUGGUUCUAAAGAUUUUUUUUUAAUUGACAUCAUUGUGUAAAUGUUAUGGAUACAUGUUAAUUUGUUAUGGGAUAAUUAAAAGGAAAAAUGUUUCUCAUGAAUAUCUGUUAAAGUAUUGAUAAAAAUCGUAAUUCAACUUUAAUUUCUGAAAGUUACAUUUGGUUAAUCUCAGAUCAAGAUUCUGUAUAUUUGAAAGAAAGAAAAAUCAAAUCCUGAAUUCUAGGAAGGUGCUUAAACAUUAAACAGGCAGUUCUCUCGGAAGUAUCAAGCAACCUAUUGGGGUGUUACAAGAAAGCUAUUUGAAACAAACUCUAGUAUUCAUGGCGUAUCUGGCAUUAUGUGCACUGAGAUUACCUGAAUUUCACUUGGUGGGAAACGUUAAAAGAGCUGUUGAAGAGGGAGAGAAUUUCUGAGGCACAUUCCUGAACAUAACUUCGUUAAAUUUUUGUAUUUUCUUGCAUGGUUUUUGCAACUACGUCUCUGAGCCAUUUUUUGGGCAUUGAGUGUUUACAAAUAUUUGGAGUAAUCCACUGUUAAAAUUUGCCUUUUGUCUUGAAACAUGCUGUCAGUCAUUGCUAUUUAUCCCUUCAACCAGGGAGUUAGGCACUAUUGACUUUAAUAUUUUCUGAGUUCUGUUUGUAAAGAAAAUCACAAAGAGAAAGCUGUUUCUUACUAACUUCUUUUGAAAAUUCAAUUUCAACCCAUUAAAAUCAGUAUUAAAUUCCUUACUUGGUCUGUUCAGAAAAUAGAUGUUUAUUGAGGAUAUAAUAUUCACAGAUUGAACAAAGGUAAAAAAGGAGAAAAGAUGAGAUAAAUUGAACAGGUUAUAAACAUAAAUUGUAACAGAACAUAAAUUGAAUGGAUGUCUUCAAACAAAGAUGCUGGAUCUUAAUGAGUUAAGAACAUUUUAAAAGAAAAAAUUGAUUUUCAAUUAAAUUUUCUUAUUAUUUGAAUGAAUUUGAAUUUCUGUGAUUGUCUGAAGAUAAAUCCAAUGUAUGUUUUAAGAAAUAAUUAGGAUCCUAAAAUUAACCAUUAAUUGAAUAAGUGUAUGAAAUAAAUUCAUUUUUUUAAAUAAGUUUUAAUUUAAGGAUAUUUUUUGCAGCUCUGAGUAUGUGUAGUUUGGUAGGUGUCAAUAGUUAUUUUAAGAUUUAUUUAAUACAUUAGAUUGUUAUAAUUUUAUGAACAAUGAAGUUACAAUAAAAUUCUUUGAAAAUACAA